AUGCCUUUAGCUGUGGAGGGCAACUAUUGUGAACCCGAAUCUGCCGCAGCAAUGACGGAGACACCGGGCAAGAAGCGUAAGCGGAAUGCCGAAACGAAUCCGUUCCUAAACUUUGCCGACCAAACGUUCAGCAUUUCGUCGUCGACACCGAUCCGGAACCGCCAGAUCGACGGGAGCGCGUUCGAGAACCCGUCGUUCCGGGGAUGCAACAAGGAAAAUUACAACAUAUUUUCCGACUCGUGCAUGGAAGUCAAAUCGAUUGCCGAUUUGGCCGCAUCCUCGGCUGUCAACCGACCGGCGUCGGUCAGCGUCGGCACUGAAGCGAACCCGUUCGAGGUGAUCCGGAAGCCACCGAAGAAGAAAAAGAAACACCACGACGGGGCCGGGCUGGAAGAGAGUUGUUUCGAGAAUCCGUGCCUUAAUUUGGCCGCAGCCGACAAGAAACCACUGAAUCCGUUCGAGGUGCUGCGCGAUGGAGAAGAGUGUAAACGCAAGGAGGCCGAGGACAUGAGUCGUUGCUUCGUGAACAGUGCCCUCAGCAUCCGUGAUCGGCCGGAGACCGGUGAACGGUUGAAUCCGUUCGAGAUAGUGCGGGCCAGGCAGGCUGAAGCGAAGGAAACCGCCGGACCACCGGCACAGGAGUUGGCGGGAAUCGAGAAUCCGGCACUCGAGCUUCCUACGUACGCGAUCGCAGUUCCGUUCACACCGUCGUUGAAGCAUCGUAUCAACUUCCACGAGCUGCCACCGGGUGCUCUGACACCGUGCCAGCUGCUGGCGAACAUGGUGGUGUGUAGUCCCAUUCCGAGCCGCCAGUCGGCAACGGAUGUGCCGGAGGAACGGGACACUCCGAGACGGAAUGCAACGGUCACGCUGGCGAAACGGCGUUCACUGUCGGUCAUCAACGAGGAGUCGGACAUUGGCGAAAAGCUGGACUGCUACCAGCUGGAACUUGAGAACAGCAUGAACGAGGCGAGGGUUCGGAAGGAGCUUGCGAGCGAGGCAACACCUGGUGCGUACAGCGGAGCCGCACAUCUACGGCGUUCGGUUCGUCGCAGUCUUAUGGACGUAAAGCACAUAAGCAACCUAUCGCAGAAGCUGCGUGAGCUGGCGGACUGUGACGAGGGCGAUGUGACGAACUUGGAACCGGACACGGAGGACGAGGACAAGGAGAACAAACAACCGGCGGAAGAAAAAGAAACGCUCAAGAAGGCCGUUGAAGAGGAACAAGUUCCGACGACGGCGGUCGUUCCGGAAGAGAAGACUGAACAAGAAACGGACCAAACUGACGCUGCCACCAGUGCAUUGGAGAGGCAGGAGGCAAACCAAAUCACUUUCACCAUCACCAAAGAAACGAUCGUGCGGGAGGAGAUCCGUAUCGACGUCUCGAAUCCGGACGUGCAGUUCGAGGAGGUGGACGACUUCGAAGACGAAGAGCAGGACGUGGAACUGCUGAACAAUCCGGCCCCGUUCCAGCGGGCCUACCGCAAGAAGGAACCAGCGCCGGUCUGCGACGAGUUCAAGUGUCCGACAAACAUCCCAGAUGGCCGAGAAGGUGGCGCCGGAAAAUCGCACAAGGUGCGCGACGUAAUCCGUCGUAGUUUUCGCCGGUUGAUCCCACGGCACCAGUCGGUGGCGAUACCCCCGGAAGGCCACGAGAAAGCGAAGGAAACGGAAGCCAAACAAUCUGGAGCCGAAGGGGCUCACGGACACGGAUUGAUUUCAAGCAUCCGCCACAGUCUCCGUCGCCGUCACCCGAAGGCGCCAUCAUCGGCGGAGUCUGAAGGCGACCGAAAGCCGUCGGAAGCGGAAGCAGCCGUCGACUCUGCGCUGGAGAUGUCCAUCAUUGCCGAGCAGCCACGGACCGUGUUUCGCCAACCGUCGCUGGAGCAGUACACCCCGAUUGCGGCGGCCCCGUCCGGAGGGGCCACACUGCGGAGCAGCUUCCGCCGUUCGACCAAAGACAUCGGCAAGCAGAUGAUGAAGUCGGUCUUCCGCAAACAGACCGCUUCUGGCGAUCUGGCGACGGAGAAUGGCCAACGCGUUGGACCGUUGGUCUGA